GAGCCAAAUCGGUGAUGCGAUCGAAAACGAAAGUCCUUGGGAAAAAGUGUUGCCGCGAGAGUACGUCGUGAACGUCGAGAAGACCUAGAUCGAAGCCGACGAACAUGCACGAUUCGGACUCCCCGUCGCCUAAGAUGGAUGGCUUGGAUUUUUUCAUCGCAGAGGUUGAAGAGGAAUUUCGGCGAAUCAAUCCAGAAGUUCCGCUCGAGGAAGUGCGCGAGGAUUUGACUUCGAGAUGCAUGGAUCGAUGGCUCAUUCUGGACCGGCAAGAGAAAAUAUUUUUCUCGAAGCAAAGUUUCUCUCCGAGGCCACCUUGCCGUGACGGAUCGACGAAGAAGCGACGGUCGAGGCGGAAUUCGGACCGGCCGAGGCGAGAUCCAGACCGGCCGAAACGAGCGAUGACCGCCUAUAUCUACUUCUGCAAGGAGCAGCGGCGGCUUUUGUCGCAAAGUGGCCUCAAGUUGCCUCUAGGAGACAUAACGAGAGAAAUAGCCAAACGCUGGAAGCAAGUAUCUCCCGAACAACGUCAACACUUCGAACAAUUGGCCGCGGCCGAUAAACAACGGUAUCGAGACGAAAUGGAAGCUUUCCGAAAACGUCGGAUUUCCACUGUGGACGAAACCACGCUGUCAUUGCUCCACAAAGUGAGAGCCGAGAACAACGAUUUCGACGAUGACUUGAUGAUCGGGUUCUGAUGUGGAGGAGCAUUGUCGGAUCCCAUUCACUUCAGUCGUUUGGUGAACUGAUUGUUGGGGAUCAUUUAGACAAUUGAGAGAUUUCUAGAUGCUUUUAACCAGACUCAGAGGGGUGAAAUCAGCAUUGUGCCUUUGAUAAAAGUCCAGAAGGACUCUUAGAGAGAAGUAGUCUUCUGGGGGAGCUCGAUGUUCAUAAAAAUUGCUUUGUUCCACCAAUCAUAUGCAUGCGCGAGGAGAAAAUAAA